CUUGCUUCGUCUUCCAACCUCUCAUAAUCUGCACGCGGCUGUCCAGACUCCUUCAGAAGAAAACCAUCUGUACAAGCGUACGAGCCGACCAUCGGGGCUGAGAUCAAGGCAUAGUCUAAGGGUGGAGUUUCUCAAUCCACCACCUCUAUGUAAGCAUAUCCAUGAAGCGCGCGAGAGCAUCAUCGUUUUGAUAUAUAGUUGUGGCACAAUAAAAGAAAAUCCAGACCAGAGGUAGUCCAUAUGAUGAUGGUCAUUGGAAAACAUCUGGACGGGUCUCAAGCAAGAGAUUAAAAAUUUCAGGACGUUCAUAUGAGGUCGUCGGAUAUUCAUAGAAGGCUCUCAAUGAAAUUGCUCUUGGUAUAUUCAGUGCUAAAUUACAUCGACUACGUAGUUGCACAAAGUUGGCCCAUCCAUUGACAAGUGGGCUGGGAAAACCUUUUCACACAAAGUCGAUAAUAAUCAAUCAAUGUUGCACCACCGGCCAGCCAAGUCAUACCCUCGAGUGCAACCAGGGUUCAUCGAAAAAAACAAGCUAGGUAGAGCGGGUCGCAUAGCGUUUGCUCAAUCCUACAACGCAAAAGAACUGGACCGGGAGGUCGCAACGACCACCAAUAUGUUAUCAACCAUAGAAAAGCUUGGGUUAUCGGAUGGAAUAUGCCUCAUUGCAGUGACGUGCACACUGGCCAGCUGUCUCGUCAAUUUCCAAGUGUCUCAAUUAAGCGAUGAUGGUUUUACCAACAAAGAAUAUAGUGAGUUGGUGACUGGCACAAUGGAGGUUGCCAUCUGUGGCCCAUACAUAGUUGUGAAAUCCCACGAGUUCAUGCCCAAGUCGACGCCUGCUAUGGUAGCGCCAUUGAAGCCAUGGAUCACAUGCCAUCCUAAUGUCCGGAUUUUCAGAGACACGGCCAUUCUUGUCCUCAUAGCUUACGUGAUAUUAGUGGACAUCAGCUUGAGCUUCGUCUGGCUCGCCAUCUUUCCUGCCAUAGCCCUUGUUUUCAUACUAGCAAUGUACCUCAAGUUCAAUAGACGUACUGGGGGCACCAGUCGUAAAGUUAAUCAUGGAUCUUCUCACGUCGCUGAGACCAAAAUUAAAACUAUGGAGGUUGGUAUGAUAGUGAUGAUCACGCUUGGGGCGCUAUUGGGUAUGGACCAGCUUCCCGACCAUGCAGCUGCCCAGUUCGCCAUUUCACAGUUCCUCCUGUUCCUAAGCUGCACUGUGGCGGCACUGACGCGCAUGAUGAUGAAGUUGCCCACCGGCGCCUCACCGGGCAUAGCACUGGCGUCCGAGAUGCUCCACAAGACCCUGCUUCUCCUCCUGCUGGCGACGGCACACACGGCGGCCGCAGAGUGGCUGGGAGAGGAUGUUGUUCUGCUAUGCUUGCCGGAGGUAAUCCCUGUGCUUCUCUGGUUCAGCCUCCACCUCGACCGUAAACCAGGAAGUAGCUCCAUCAUCAGCUUCAACAAGGUUAAGCCUCACAAAAAUUGGCUCAUCUUCCUCGGUGCAAUGGUGGUGGCUCCUCCUUUUGCUUACCUGGCGAAAUUCAUGGAUGAAGUUGGGCUAUUCGGCUGGUGUACGACAUUCCAGGUGUCAUGUGGCGUCUCAGGGAUUCUGACCUACUACCUUGCGUUCAUGCUAAGUCACUGGUCGAAGCAACAAGUAGCAGCUGCUGGGAACGAUGGUGGGGCUUCCGGUAUGCUUAAAUUAUGGGCAUACGCUUUACUCCUAGCGGCGGCUUCGUCCCUGCUGCUCAAGUGUCUGGUUUCUGCCCGGCUUGGUUUGCAACUACCACUGCAUGCAACCGUUAUAUACGUUAGUAAUUUUUUGGGUUUUCACCACUCAAAUUAAUAUAAUGAUCAUGUUGUGUAGUAUAUGCAAUGUUGUGUUUGCGUAGUUGGAAAGAGGAAGAGAAAGAUAGAAAGAGAGAGUUAGCUACCUGGAUUGCUAAGCUAGUUAUGUAUGCAUCUGUGUGAUAUCUGAACGCUGUAUAUACAAUAAUCGACAGUUUGUAACUUAUACCAAGAAGAAAACACAUUAUUCUCGCUUC